AUGUCACCAACUCCAUUUUCUCAAAUUGCACACACCUGUCCCAGUGGUAAAUCAAUAUGUCCGGACACAGCAACUUGUUGCCUAAUUGGUACUGAUGUAUAUGGUUGUUGUCCGAUGAUGGAUGCAGUGUGCUGCGAUGACCGUACUCAUUGCUGUCCUCCUGAUACAAAAUGCGACAUGGUACAUAGACAGUGUUUACGGAAUGAAGUCUCAAUGUCGCGGACGAAUAAACGAGCCAAGCACAUGGCUAAGAAGACAAAUAUCACCAAAAAUAGGCAAUUUAUGAAAAUUUGCAGUGGUGCAAAUAGCUCUUGCACCACUUCCCAUACCUGUUGCCAAAGACGUUCGGUGAAUCCUGAUGCAGUCCAUAGGAGUACUGUUUGUUGUUAA